UAAGUUGAGUAGUGCCAAUAUCACUACAAACAUGAGUAGUGCAUCGCGUAAAGUGAAAAAUCCGUUAUUGUCGGCGGCUGGUGAUGGGUUUGCUUUCGAAAAUUACGUUGAAAAUUCAUUGUUGGUGCCUGUUACACCUGCAGUACUUCGUAAUGAUGCUGAACCGGACAACUUCGUGGGCCAGAAAUCAGUCGAUUCGCGUACCUCGACUCCACCGGUGAAUGCGGACAGUAAAGACACCGAAUUCACACCUAUACCUCUGAUCCCCGAGGGCGCUAAAGCUACAGAGAACCAACCGGCGAAGCAAGGCUACUUCACUUCGAUUCUCUCCUCUCUGCCAAAUUUAUCAUUGUCGACGAUUACGGGCGAUUCUCCGGGAACGCAGGCGACCAGGGAAUUCGAAAGCGUAACCGGCGUAGAAAAUCAAAAUCCUUACGUGCCUUCGUACGAUAGCCGCGAUACGUUAAAAGAUACACCGUCGCCAGUAAUUCCUAGUUUUCACGAACCCCGGCGUACGAAUUUUUUGGGAUCCGGCGAGGUCCAGCCCGGAAACACUCUGAAUUUACCAACCCCACCGCAACCAACUUUGCCGCCAACAAUUCCUGCCUCGACCGAUGGAUCCAUUUCGUAUCGACUCGGCAAUCAAAGACGUCUCAAGUAUGCACUGCCGCCCGAUUUGACAACGAGUGCACCGAAACCGUUUCCAGCCCCCGCGGUUCCACCGUUAUUCGCUCCGCAAAGUGUUCCAACGUCGACCAUUUUCAAUCCAAACGAGCACGUUGUCUCAGCGCCGAGCCAGCAGCCGAUCGAAGCUCCGAUUUCUACGAAUCCACCGUCGUUGCAGCACUCAACGCCAGAGCAACUGUCCCAGGCUAACUCUCUGCAAGAAUCCAUCAGAUCCAGUCCAACGACGACAGUUGCUCACAGCUUGUCCGUCACGCCUCGAAGCGUGACGCCUCAAAGUCAGAACUCGGCCCAAGAGAGCAUCCAUUUUCCUGGAAAGCCUGCAUUUCCCAAGUCGUCGUCCCGACCGAUCCCUUCUCAAGUCCCGGAGCCAGCCACCCCUCAAAACACACCAGCGAACAUUUCGUUCUCCGGCUUCGACUUGUACGCGAAUCAUCGAGACUUCCUGACGACCCACGACUCUGGAAAACAGCCUGCCACCGCGGAUAAUACCGCCUCGAAUCAACCAGACUUGCGGAUAUUCAAAGAGAGCGUAGCCGCGCCUGUAGAAACGAAAACCAAUCCAACGUUCGCUCCAAUUUCUGCGGUUCAGGUCACGGAAAAAUUGGAGCACCUGCUCGCCGAAUUGAAAGAGGACUCGCCUGAGAUAAAGUCUCAAGGGAAUAUAAUAGAAACUCAGGCUGUCGAAGCUUCAACGGAUAGAAAGUCGAACGAUUUAUCAAAAUCCGACUCGUUGACUGAUGUGAUUCUCAAUCAAGAGGAUUCUGUACAGUCACGUCCAACGAGUGUUUCACAAGAACCGCAAGCAACCUGUGAGAAUAUCAACGAAUCGCAAAGUCAUGAUUUGCCGUCAUAUGUGCCAUCCUUCCAACAGUAUUUCCAGACACAGCCUCUCGCGUCAGGUUUCGAUUUCUUUGAGAAGCCACCAGCAGGGGAGAAAUCGAAUCUGAGCUACGUUUCGGAGGGAAUUGCACACGCACAGAGUGUACGCUCGCCCCAGCACAAAGAAACCAUCGACAAUACGCAUGUCGAUUUAGCCAGCGCAUUUUCGACGAACGAUUUGCAACAACCACCACCGAGCGUCCCGUUCGAUAUUAGCUUCGGUAGUCACCCAGUGUCUGCGCCUCAAGUGUCGUGGCAGGCUAUUGAAAAUCCACGCACAGAGACUGUGGGCGUAACAUGUAGCGAGUCGGUUCAAUCAGAACCACCGCCUUUGUUUUAUAAUCCGGCGCAAUUUAAAAACGAUUUCCUCAAUCCGUCGCCUGCGAGGCGUCCGUUCGUGCAACCACCGACGAGUCAACCUCAACAAUAUUUCGAGAAUCUGUCCGGAUCGUUGCAAGUGCAGGACAUAGCGGCUGGAAUUAAUAAUAUAUUCCUUCCCACGUCACCGGUAACCACGCUUGUACCUGAACCGACGGGUUUGGCUACUCUGAGUCCGGUUCAAAUGUCAAUUAACUCGCAAACUGGCCGCUCGACCACAGAUACCGUGCCUCUCAGUUUUCAAAACUUGGCGAUUGGUUCCACAGAUAAACGUAUGCAGUACAGAGCGGUGUACCACCAUUGGUUCUAUCGCAAAGAGGUGGAACAUAAAGUGUUAUGGCUUCCAUUUUCCAUGCAAGAUAGCUUACGCUUGGAAGAAGUGCAUAAUUCCCCUGAAAUUACACCCGAAACUACAGUCGCCACGGAUGGCGGUCGUUACGAUGUUGACAUUUUACGACGCCAGAGGACCUCUGUUUAUUGGAGCGGGGUAUCGACGGAAGUGAGACGGUGCUCUUGGUUCUUCAAAGGACCCACAGAAUCCAAGUAUAUCCCUUACGAUGAAAGCACGGCCGUAAAACUCGAGGAAGAGUAUAAACAUGCGUGUCUCACGAACAUGUGGAACCGAAGAAUCGACUUGAACAAUGGAGAGUACAUAAUCUUCCACAGUGCCACGGUUCAAAUUCAUUACUCGAUACCCAGCUCUCCAGAAUUGGCAGCGUCGUGGGGCAACAGCUCGGGUUCAGAGGACAGUACAUAUUUACAGGGUGCUGGUAGUAGACCUCGGGUGCUAAAAAGGGGUCUCGAUGAAUUUCACAUCGAAGAUGGCGAGCCCGAGAAAGUGGAUCAUCUUCUGUUCCUCGUUCACGGUAUAGGAAGCGUUUGCGACUUAAAAUUCCGGACUGUGGAGGAAGUUGUCGAUGAAUUCCGAAAUAUAUCGCUGCAGUUGGUCCAGUCGCAUUAUCGGAGUGCAAGCGAACAAAGGGUUGUAAAUAGGAUAGAGGUUCUACCAAUUUCUUGGCACACGACGCUUCAUUCCGAGGACACUGGAAUCGAUAAGAAAUUACGAGCUAUCACUUUGGAGAGCAUACCUAAGUUACGACACUUCACCAACGACACGUUGCUGGACAUACUUUUCUAUACUAGCCCGGUGUACUGCCAAACUAUAAUGCAAACAGUUGGAAGCGAGAUGAGCAGGCUAUACGCUCUUUUCAAAGAAAGGAACCCGGAUUUCAACGGGGGUAUAUACCUCGGUGGCCAUUCGUUAGGUAGCUUGAUUUUAUUCGAUCUUCUGUGCCAUCAGAAACCAUUACCGGACGACAAAUCGAAUAUUAACGAUGCUGAAGCUAACGAAGAACAGAAGGAGGAAGAUACCGAUCCUUCCAAGACAUUACCUAAUCGCGUUCUAAAGAGACGUCUUAGUAAAAAAAUAAGUUACGUGAUAGGUGCUGCUGGAACGGGCCAGCCUUAUAUACAUUAUCCGCAAUUGAAUUUUCACCCACGUGCCUUUUUCGCUCUUGGUAGCCCAAUUGGUAUGUUCGUCACAGUCCGGGGUAUCGAUAUGCUCGGUGAAGAUUUUCUGUUACCAACGUGCCCAGCUUUCUUCAAUAUAUUUCAUCCAUUCGACCCUGUAGCCUACAGAGUCGAGAGUCUCAUUAAUCCGGAAGCUUGCAAAUAUCGACCAAUGUUGAUUCCACACCACAAAGGACGAAAGAGAAUGCAUUUAGAAUUGAAAGAAACAAUGGCGCGCGUCGGCGCGGAUCUGAAACAGAAGAUAUUGGAUUCCGUCAGAAGUACAUGGAAUUCUGUGUAUCAGUUGGCUGUGUUUCAUAAACCGGAUAAUAGUGUAUUAGAACGUGAAAUUGACAAGGUUGUCGAAGAGCAAUUGCAACAGACGCCAACCGUCCCGGAGCAACAAAGUAACGACGAUGGCGGCGCUGAUUUUAAAGUGGGCAGGUUAAAUGGUGGACGAAGGAUAGAUUAUGUUCUACAGGAAGCACCGUUCGAAUACAUCAACGAGUAUAUUUUUGCCUUGACAAGUCACGUCUGUUACUGGGAAUCCGAGGAUACAAUGCUGAUGAUUUUAAAAGAGAUAUACGGUUCCACGGGUAUUCAGACCGAUGCACAGCUUCCUCAACAGACAUUGUCGAUAGAACGACUGUCACCUUCUCCCUCAUCGAUAUCGUUGGCAUCGACGUCUACUAAAAACGACGCAGUGUCGACCAUACCUGUUGUUGGGAUCGAUCCAAUUACACCUAUAUUAGAGAAGCCUGUCGGACCUCCACCGAAAAGUGGAUUUGUUAAGAAGUCAUGAUCAACGAAGAAUCGUUUGAAUUUUUUGAAAAUGUAGUGAAAUCAAAAUUCGAAGUGACGGUGAGAAACUAAUCACGGCCGAUCGGGGUGAUGCUGGCAUUAUACCUGACAUUGAUAAAAGUCACGAUUCACGUGGACACUGAAAUUCAAUUAUUUCCUUUGCACGAAAGUCACGCUGGAGUACCGGUACCGACGAGUCUGCUAUAGAGUACCAAAAUUCUGCUUGAACGGAUUGUUUUCCCGUGUGAUUUGAACGGUGAGUGAUUAACAUUACUUUGAAAAUCGGCCUACGUACACUAUACGUAUUCGAUGCACAAAUUAGCUAAAAAUCGUACCGCGCGACGGAAAACUAAAAUCAGUUGCAAUAAUUCAAUUUGUAUAUGGAGAACGGAAAUUUUAUAACGUUGAAUUACGGGUUUUAUUAACUCAAUGGGUACUCGCGUUACGCGCCUACGUACGUGGUACCUGUUGUUCGAACGGAAAUUUAGCGAGCAAGAGUGAGACUUUGUAAUACGAGUGAAAACGAUAAAACUUAACCAUAUUGUUUAUUGUAAAUAUAUAUGAUUUAUAAAUGAAUAUCAAUCAAAUAGGAUAUAAAAAUGUUUUCAAUAUAUGUUUGCAUUAUGAGAAUUUAAACGUGCGUUCUCAGAUGUGCAAGACACUUAAUAAAAUACUGUAUUCUUUUA